GUUCGACCUCGCUACAGUUAAUGGUGUAACGCCAGGGAUGCUCCUGAGAAACUGGUGUGAGCAUAUAGUGAGGCAGAGGUGAGAUACAUAGAUAUAAGCAUGGCGUCUUCCCAAUGUGGUUCAUUGAGGAACAUUACUGAAAGAUAAAUCCCUGUCGAAAGUGUGACACGUGAGUCUGGAGUUUGUAUGAGUAAGCCUGUUCUCCCAUAGUAAACUUAAUUUCUGGUGAGACACAGUGUUCCCAAUGCACCACUUUGAUUUAAUGGACUUUGAUAAGACGUGCUCGGCCAUGUUUGCACAGUGGGAAAAGUAUUGGCGAAGAAAAUUAUUGGCCUCAAGUGUGUGCCUCAUGCUAGAGCUUCAAGAUUUAAGGUGUGCCUCUUCCUUUUCUCUUUAAUCAUGGCAUACUUUGAUUUCUAUUGUGUUGAUUCUAGGCUAAAUUUCAUGGCUAGGGCAUGGAUAGAUGAAACAUGUAUACUCAAAUUAGUAAACAAAGGGCUAAAUUUCAUGAUACGGUCGCUGAUUAACCCAGUUUGUCACCCACAAAUCUUCCUGUCGUAGGAAUUGGCUUACAUAACAAUUUCAUUUAAAAAAACAUGAAUCUGAUUUAUCUUUUCAUUUCUUUUUGAAGACGUGAAAAUGAUUUAUGCACCAUACUUCCACGGUUGAUUGAUGUACAGUAGCUUAGGAGGCUUAUCAUGAUGGGCGUGAAGCAAAAUCUCUGGUGGGCCUUUGGCUAUAACAUUGUGGUUGUUUAAUUUCUUUAAAAUCAUCACAUCCUAAUUCAUAGCCAUUCAAGUUUGGUAAUUGCCAUUAUUUUUGGGAUUACCCUUAUCCAUUUGGCCCAUUCCUAAAUUCAAUGUGUUGACCCUCUAAGUGGCUACACAAAAACUUCAUGUGAGAUAGUCUCAAAACUUUUACUGUAAAAUCUAUCACUUCUGUUCUCAGAAUAAUACUAACAAUAAGGUUGUAGAAAUUUUCCCCUACCUCCUCUUUAUCUGCAACCUUAAUUUUGUUCGAUUUUAUUUUAAAGUUAAAAGUACUAAAUAUUUUCCUUGCAUGACCUUAUUUAUAUCUUAAAAGUUCAACGAUUAUAAUAUUUAUUAUAUACGAUAUGAUGCGCUUUGAGUGCCCAAUUGUUUAGAAGUAAAAGCAUCUCUUAUGCAGCUAGAGUAGUUUUAAUCUACUUAAUGCUCUUUUACACUAUACAUUCCAAAAUGUCUCUAUAACUAUAAACAUGUCUAUGAACUCUUUAGUGAAGCUUAACAUCACCUACAAGUUUACAAUUUUUUCUAAUCGGGGGACAAGUUGUUGCGAAUUGAUGGGUGCUACUACAAAAAGAAGAGGAAAAAAUUGCAGAAUCCUUAAAAUGUGUGUAGCUAUGAAUCGAUGGGUGAUACUGCAAAAAGCAGAGGGAAAAAUUGCAGGUAUUUUUCAUGCAUCUUUUUCUCUCAUAAGAAGACAAAGUCAAAUUAUUUUUUGCAAUGCUAGACUUAAAUGUUCUAUUGAAAAAUAAUGCACAUGCCUUCAACAACAUAUUCAUUAUUUUCACUCCCAUUUUUUUUUGCACAACUGGGUUGUUCCAUUGAGGGGUCGGGAGCAUAUUUGCUAUACAAAGAAUUGAGGUGAAAAAAGAAAGCUUGAUAUUUUGCUAACAAGGUCUACCUGUAAAAGUUUAAUUAGGUUUGGCUGUGCAACUUCUAUAUGUAGUUUGAUUCUGUUUCUGUUUGCUUCGAAGAGUCUUAGAUUUGGCUAAAUUAUUGGUGAUGAAGUUGGAGGAUGUAUAUACAACAACUGCUGUUUCCUACACCUAGAUUCCAAAAUUUAUACUCAAAUUUUGACCUGGUUGUCCUUUGUUGAAACUACACUUGAGUUUAAUAAGAUUGAAUACUGGGGACAUAGUGGGGGCCUUGUUGGGUGGAUGUUUUAAGGGGUAAAUGGGUUGGUUUUGGCUUCUUGUUUUCGACCAACUUAAGGGUUAUGAAGGGGGGUUUUGUUGGGUGUGUUUUAACAUGGUCUUGAGGGGUGAAUGAGGUAUGGUUUUGGGGAAGAUGGGUUCGGCCAAGAUGAAAAGGAGAAGGGGGAGAAUGGUUAAGCCCUUUCGUGGAUUGGAAGACGUACUUCAGGAUUGGGUCAACACAUACUGUAAUGUGGCGGGGCAGGCAUGCCAACGAGCAUCUCUGCAGCCAUUGCAUGUCGGAGCUCAGAACAAUCAUCCCCAGCACUCAAAUGAAUUGAUAAUGUCAAAGGGCAUGCGCUAUGCCAACCAAGCUCUUCUUUCUGGAUGCUCAGCUGGAGGUCUUGCUGCCAUAUUACACUGUGAUGAAUUCCGCAAUUUAUUUCCACAAAACACUGAAGUGAAGUGCUUGAGUGACGCUGGGCUACUCAUGAACGCCUACUAGUUGGGAAUAUGACGGAUGAUGAAUAUGAAUCUUCAACUGGUAGCCCAGAAGAAUAUGGGACAUUGGGGAUGACCCAGUCCAUACAUUGGCAUGGCAAGCUGGAAUUUUCCCUGGUUAUUUGCAGCCAUGGGGGUGCAUACCAUCUCUAUUCAGCAGUCAAUCCAAGCCUCACCAAAUUAGUACGGUAUGUUUGGACCAUGGAAAAUGCGAGGCAAAGAAUAGAACUGGUUGGUGAACUAUGAGGCUGUUUUCGCAAUUGUUACAAGAACACCCAAUAGAAUCCUACGGGCGUA